ACAUAAGAUCUGAGGUGACAGAGUUCGUCAGCGACGACACUCACUCAGUUCAUUAAAACAGUAAAAGUAAAACCGAAAGAGAGUUAUUUCGAUGAUUUUCUUUUCUAAAUUCAACGUUGUUUAUUCAAAGUAUAAAUUGGCAAGAAAGGGACGGUUUUUAUUUCUCUUAAAAAAACCACGUCAAACAAAACGCAAUCUUUACGUGUCUUUCUUUUCGGUAUUUUUUUUUCCUUUCUGUUGCGUACUGUUUUGUUUUCCUCUCUACUUCUCUUCUUUCUGUUUCCGUUUUUUUUUUCUUUCCUUUCUGUUGACGGUGCUUCUUUCAAAUAUUAUAUAUUAUCUCUCACUUUGUUGGAGACUAAACAAAGAUUAACACCUGCUAUAACUUAUAAGAUUGAUAAGAGAGAAAAGAGCAGUCUAAUUUGUUAAGACUUGAGAAAAUGGAAGGAGGGAAAGGGGUGGGGUCGUCGUCGUCGUCCUCUUCUUCCUUUACUUCUGAGCUCUUUGGUUCCAAAGAGUCACCUUCAUCUUCCACAGGGAUUUUCGGGUCUAUAUUUGCUCCUCCAUCUAAGGUGUUAGGAAGGGAGUCUCUGCGUGCUGAUGUGAUGGCCAAAAGGCAGGAUUCUCCGAAUGAGCCCUGGAACACAAAACCUGGGGCCUAUGGUUUGUGCAUCAUCUUGUCAGGUAAUUCUUCUAAAGGAUAUGAAGGUGAAAAUCAGAGCAUAGCAAAUAAAGAUUUGAGUUCCAUUUACCAGGAGCAAAGAGUACAACCCUGUCAUUUAAGUUCAUCGAUCUACUAUGGUGGCCAAGAUGUAUACGUUCAUCCCCAGAGUAGCCAGGGCUCUGGAUUAAACUCUAUGUACAAGAAGGACGGCGGAGAAGAUGAUUCAGGGAGUGCAUCAAUUGGAAACUGGUGGAAAGGAUCUUUCUAUUACUAAUACUAAGAGUUUGCUUGCCCAACAACAUACUUAUCAAGCAGGUAUAUAUGAAGAUAUAGAUAGCAAAUUAAUCUCUCUGGUUAUAUUUGGGGGGUGGAUUACAGUAGUCAGACGUUGCAGACAACUGGACGUUUUUUACUUUCUCCAGCCUAGCAAAUAUAGUUAUUCGGCCUCCCUUCUUCACUGUGAAGGAUGAUGAGACCUGCUCUUUUUCUUCUGUAAAGAAUAUCUACUUAAGUGACUUGAUAUAUUAUGUGAUGAAUGACUACUACUGCUUGACUAUCUAGUAUC